AUGAGUAGCACAACAUUGUUUAAACGUACUGAAGUUAUUGGUAGAGGGAAAUUUGGAAUUGUUUAUAAAGGAUAUAAUAAACAAACCAAACAAGUUGUGGCCAUCAAAGUAUUGAACCUAGAUACUCAAGAAGACGAAGUAGCUGAUGUUCAACAAGAAAUUCAAUUUUUAGCUGAAUUGAAAAACGUCCCAAAUGUCACUCAUUAUUAUGGAUCGAUAUUAAAUGAUACCAAAUUAUGGAUUAUUAUGGAUUACUGUGCUGGAGGGUCUGUUAGGACCCUUUUGAAAGCAGGGGUUUUCGAAGAGAAAUAUAUCGGUGUUAUUGCAAGAGAAUUAUUGAUAGGUUUAUCAGCAGUUCAUAAAAUGGGAGUUAUACAUAGAGAUUUGAAAGCUGCAAACGUAUUGAUAUCGAAAGAAGGUAAUGUGCAAUUAUGUGAUUUUGGUGUUGCAGCCAAAAUAUCUUCCAACUCUUUAAAAAGAACUACUAUGGCUGGUACUCCUUAUUGGAUGGCUCCUGAAGUUAUCAGGGAAGGUGACACUUAUAAUUCUAAAGCCGACAUAUGGUCUUUGGGUAUAACAUUAUAUGAGACUGCUACUGGUGAUCCUCCUUAUAGUGAUAAAGAUGCCAUGUGGGCUAUGCAAAUGAUUUCCAAACUGACCCCUCCAAGAUUAGAGGGACGAGAUUAUUCCCCAAAUUUAAAAGAAGCUAUAGCUCUCUGUUUGGAUGAAAAUCCUGAAGAAAGACCACUGGCUGAUGAUUUACUUAAAUGUAAGUUAAUCAGAUUCUACAAGAAUCAUUCAACUAGUAUUUUGAAAGAAGUGAUUACUAAAUAUUUACUUUGGAGAGAUAGUAAUAAUAAAAGAAGAGAUUCUAUUGCAUUCAUAAGUUUAGAAAAUGAUAUAGGUCAAGAAAAUGAAACCAAUUUGGAAGGUGAUAAUAUUCAAGUGAAAUGGGAUUUUGAUUCUUUAAGUUCAAGAGAAUAUAUCAUUGAAAAUGAUAUUGAUAUCAAUCAAGUUGAAGAUAAAUUUGAUGCAACAUAUGAUAUGAAUGAUGGUGAUCAUUAUCAAACCCAACCCACAUUGAAACCUGGAGCUUUUAACGAUAAUACUGUAGGGAAUACUUUUGGUAAAACAUCGUCCAAUAAUAAUACCAUUACUAAUAGUCAAAGUAACCCAAACAUUCCCAAAUCUUUACAGAGUUUAUUCGAGGAAAGCCCUGAAAUAGAAGCAUCCCACCCAAAUGACAUUCCUCAUAAUUUUGAUCUACCACCACCAGGAAUAGGUACUUUGAAUGAAUCUAGAACUGAAAGUUCACCUACAAUUGAAAUUCCUGAUAUUGACGAACUACCAAAUUUAACAUCAGUGGCUUCAUUAAAUACCAAUUCUAGUCAACCACAUUUAUCUAAACCUCCAACAUUAUAUCAUUCACAAUCUGCAUCAGGAAAUCUUGAAACUAGAUUUAACAGUUCUAGUUCUUUGGGAUCUUCUACUUUGAAUACUCAUAAUAAUCGUCCGAGGAAAAAGACCAUUUCCAAUUCAUAUGGAUCUGUAUCUUCAUCACAAUUGACUAGUUCAAAUAGUAAUACCGCUCAUAGUACAUUGAAUACAACUAGUAAUCAAUUUGCAACUCCACAUACUCCACCAUAUUCAAACAAUUCCACCACAUCACCAUCCCCCAAACCCCCAUCUACCACCACUUUUGCAUCCAAUACCAAUUCUCCAUCGAAAUCCAUGAAAGCUUUACAAACCACUUCCAACCCUUUACUUCAACCGAUAAAUUUUAAGUCUCAAGAAACUAAUCAUCCUCCAGCUAAUGAUGGAAAGUCCAAAAUGAGACCUCGUCCAGGCCUUCAUAUUCAAAUGCCUACCCCGAAUAACGCUUCGUCCCUUUCAGCAUUAACCAAUAAUCAAUUCGAAGAACCUGAAAUCAAUCAAUUUGGUGUUAAACCUGCUCAAGUUGGUAAUCUUUCAAUGACACCAGUUACAGAGAAAGAUUCUUUUAUCGAAGGGUCUAAUCCCCCAACAGAGGAAAAGAAUACCACCCCUCAAUUUAGAGAACGUGCAUCUUCAUUAUCGACUCAAAGAACUCAUUUACCUCAAAGGAAAAUGACUGCCCCUUCAAUUCAAACACCCAAUAGUUUAUCCAUACCUAAACAGUUAACCUCCAGUUUAUCACCUUCAAAUUUUCAAAAAGUUAAAUUUCCCACCAUCCCCAACAUAAAUACUGACAUGUUCUCAGAUUCCACCCCUAAACAGAAGUUAGUGUCGGAAUUGGACUCCAUGAUCAAACUUUUUAACGUUGGUUUGGAGGCUCUAGAAGAAAAAAUUUAA